AUGGCAGAGGCUGGUAUUUCAGUAGAUCGUUUUUCUGUGAAUCAGUUCAGCUGUCCAGUGUGUCUGGAUCUCCUGAAGGAUCCUGUAGCUAUUCCCUGUGGACACAGUUUCUGUAAGGUGUGUAUUAAUGGCUGCUGGGAUCAGGAGGAUGUGAAGGGCAUCUACAGCUGCCCCCAGUGCAGAGAGACUUUUACUCCAAGGCCUGUUCUGUGCAGGAACAACAUGCUGGCUGAAGUGGUGGAGAAACUGAAGAAGACUGAACUCCAAGCUGCUUCUCCUGCUCAUUGUUACGCUGGACCUGGAGAUGUGGAAUGUGAUUCCUGCACUGGGAGAAAACGCAAAGCCACUAAUUCCUGUCUGGUGUGUCAGGCCUCCUAUUGUGAAGAUCAUCUUAAACCUCACUAUCAGUCUCCUGCCUUUAAGAAGCACAAGUUAGUUGAAGCCUGUGCAGAGCUCCAAGAGAAGAUCUGCUCUGAACACGACAAACUAAUCGAGAUCUUCUGUCGUACUGACCAACUCUUCAUCUGUUAUUUGUGCACAAUGGAUCAGCACAGAGGCCAUGAUACAGUUUCAGCUAAAGCAGAAAGAAAUGAAAAACAGAAUGAGCUAAAAGAGGAGCAGAUGAAAUCCCAGCAGAGGAUCCAGGAGAAGCAGAAGGAGGUGCAGGAGCUGAAACAGACUGUGGACACUAUUAAGAGGCGUUCACGGGCAGCAGUAGAUGACAGUGAGAGGAUCUUUACUGAGAUGAUCAGAUCCAUGGAGAAAAAGCGCUCGGAGAUGAUGGAGCUGAUCAGAGCUCAGGAGAAAGCUGAACUGAGUCGAGCUGAACGACUCCUGAAGCAACUGGAGCAGGAGAUUGCUGAUCUUCAGAGGAGAGUCACUGAGCUGGAGCAGCUUUCACACACACACGAUCACGUCCACUUCCUCCAGAGUUUCCCGUCUCUCUGUGUUUCUCCUGGAUGUGACGACUCACCCAGCUUCACUGUCAAUCAACUUCUCUCAUUUGAUGGAGUGAGGAAAUCUCUCUCAGAUCUCAAAAAACGAGUCAAGGAAAUCUUUGAGGAGGAAUUCAGCGUAAUCCAUCCACAAGCUGCAGCAGUUCACAUGAUUUUACCCCCAAAACCAAAGAGCAGAGAAGAUUUCCUGCAGUCAUGGGCAGAUCAGGAGUGUUCUGAUGCCAUAAACAACAACUGAAGUGAGCAACAGAGACAGACAACAGACAGACAAUGAAG